UAUAUGCGGGUGUGGAGUAUGGACAGUAGGUUAGUAAAGAGUCAUAAAAGGACUGCCGACUCUCCACCCUACAACAGUCGUUUACAAAUUUUACAAUCCGUUGGACUUACAAUAUAAUUUACAAAUUACAAAAGAAAUAAUUUACAAAACUAGAAAUAACAAUGGCCCGUGCGUGUCUCGUUCUAUUCUUGGUCAGUUUUGUUAUCGCAUGUGAUUUUACGAACGGAUAUCUUACACAAGGCAGGAAUUUGGAAGCUGUGUUCACGAAGGAUGCCCCAGCGCCUCAAGACUUGUCGGAGAAUAACUUGGGACUUGAGUCUGCCCCGGUGGAAGUAUUAGCGAAACAGUGUGCCAAAAUUGGCGAAUUUUGUAUGAACCACAGCGACUGCUGCACCAACGCCUGUUUAGGGUACAUGAAGAAAUGCGUGUCUUAAAACUUAGUAACAUGGAGACGAUUUAAUUUAUUUAUUCAAAAUUUAAUUACUUAUGUAGGCUUACCCAAUAAUUAUUAUUAUUAGUGCUGAAUCAAUAUUGGCGAUAGCAAUUGUUGUUGAAACGUUAAUAAUAUGUAAUUAGGUAUCUGAUUAUACCUAAAUGAAAGAAACUUCAUUCAUGAAUUAUUAUAAUUACUGAUCAUCAAUAAUUAAAUGUUACAAAAAAUAAAUGAAUUGUAAAAUAA